CCCCCAAAUGACAUUGUUAGAGCACCAGCCAGUGGUCCGCCUUAUUUAAUCGGACAGAAUGGCGGGAAGCUGCCCCCAAACGCAAGCAAGCCACGGAGCUGAGUAGAGAGUUGCACACCCAGCGGCUGCGCGACCGCAUACCCAUACUUGCUUGUCCGCCUUUUUCGACACCACCAAGAGUUACAAUCGACAUGCAGCACGGGCCUGCUGCGCAGCUUGAUAUUUGCGACGCGAUUCCUCGGCAAAUAACUGGCUUGGACCCGUCAUCUGACACCGCAGUCAGCAAUGACCGAGCGUUCCAACCAAGCACCUGAAUACGGGAUAACUACCUUAGGUACAUACCUUACUGAUCACUCUGAGCAAAACUGCCUGACCCAAAAAACUGCCUUAUCCAGUACCUAUACUUCUCAAGUCUCAACCGUCAUCGCCUGCCUCAUUCAUCCAAAUAGUGGGCCAUUUCCCCUGUGUGUCUCACAGUCAACCGCCGUCAACAACAGGACCCCGCAACACCACGCCGUGCUUGAUACACGGGCCGUUGCAAGAGUGGCCAUUUUGUUCUUGGGGCAGCUACCUCUGUCAUUGCCCUCGCCGCCCUGGAUCUCGCACGGCAUUUCCGCAGCGGGUUACCCGAUCUUACUGAGUACUCUCUCACUGGGGUCUCAGUGGCUGUGGCCAAAAACGCCGCUUACCCGAUAUCGUCCGGUUUGUGUAACCAGGCCUCAUACGGUCACGCCCGUUCGAACCUGGCUGACUGUACAUGGCACAACAACAUGUGAUGCUCAACAAACAGGCCAGAGAGGGGUUGUUAUGGCGUGGGAUGAACCUCGGCGUCUGCUGUCACACCGCCGGGUCAGUGUGCAUACAUACACCGGACUCACGUCAACCCUUUCCCAGAGGAAGAAGGAUUUUUAUCCGUACCUGCGCCCAAUCCCACGCUCGGUCCCUCAGGCCCCAGUCGAUAUGUGGGAAGGCGGCGGCGGCGGCGGUACGGGCUACGCCGCGCCGGACUUGUCCGCCCUAGGAUCUUCUGCACGGGAGCGGCACCUACGUCGCUAUAGUAUAGGAGAAACCCGACAUGCUUAUGGGUUGGCACUGCGACCUCAGCACGACAAGACCUACAAGCUGCAUGGCCUUGACCACGACCAGUUGGGCACGAACCAUGGAUUAUCCCAGUGUACCAAUCGGGGAUGGGAGAGAUGGAAACGGGGAGGUGGGGGUCCAUAGGAUGAGGAGAUGGGAGAUAGCUAGGCCUGGCUUGUCGAGAAAGGAAAUGGGGGGAUAAGAAGGGAAGUUCCCAAGGUUGACAGUUUCAUCUU